GUAUGGGGGUGGCGAGACCCUGAUGUCGGUGGUAGCAGAUUUAGGGGAACUCACCACCGAACGGACGAAUGUCUGCCCGUCGAGGUGGACGGGGCGGGGCCUAUCUGCCCGGAGCCAGUUUCUGAAGGGGGACCAACCUUGCGCCAACCAACCGAGAUUGGCUUCUGCGGAGAGGGCAAGCGUGUAUCCGUGUUAUUUGCUCGAGACCUGAUCCGCCGCUGCCUGCAACGACCGAGCUGCAAGGCGCCACCAGAAUCAGUGCUGACAAAUUGA